CAAAACCCAGUCGUCAUUCUCCUUCUCCUCCUUUCUCUCUUCCCUCUUCUCUCACUUCCCUCCCUCAGCUUGAAGAACCAGCAGCCGCGCCACUGUGACCACCACCAGCAGCCGGCCGCGUUAUUUUUGUUCUUCUCUACAGGCGGCCACCGCAGCACAACUCGCUUCUCCCUCCUCCCUCGCUGUGAGCAGCCGCCAGCUGCUGGCCGAUUUUGGGCUUCUCUCCAGCCAGUUUUGCGCGCCACCAUCUUUGUGCUCCACACCACCACAACAACCACCUAUACUCUCACCCAUUUCUAAUUCCCCUUUGUUCCUAGUUCAUAAGAGGAAAGUAGAACUUAGUUGGGUGAUUUUUGUAACUUGUGGUCGCGCAAUGACGCUUGCAGUCGAAAACCCCUUCAUCCCAAUAACUCCACCGUCAUCCUUCAUCGUCGUUAACUCUAGCCACUGACCGGCCACCAUCAACCUCCCGCGGGGCUGCACACAGUAUCAAACCAUAUCCUUCAUUGCCAAAAGAUUGCUGGAAAAAGCAACGUUGCUUUCUCAAAAGAAGACACAUCUACUCUUAGUGUGCUGCUUAUGCCUUUACGUAUCAGACACCAGAAAUAAAUUGCCACCUUUCUCUUUAUAUACUGGAUUAUUCUUUUAUAAUGUCUACCUUUGGAUUGCACCCAUCAAUUUCUCUUUAUAGUACCUCUUAUCUCAGCUCUCUUCAAUGUCAGCUCAAUUUUGUGCCAAAAUUUAGAACGGAAGCUAGAACACCGCAAAUACCGAGUCUUCAAGAUUUACCUCGUCCUGAAAGAUUCUCUAGAGUCCAACACGCGGAUGAUUUUAUCAAUUCCAACCAUCUCGCUGCAAAAGAUGAAAUCGCUGAAUGCCUUUUUCUCCUUGACAAUUUAAUUAGGAAAGGAGGUAAUACUAAUUGUAGUCCUUCUGCUUGCAAACAAAUCCAUGGACUUCUUGUCAAAGUAGGUGCGUUAAAAGCAGAUACUUUCUUGGGUAAUAAGCUAUUGGUUGCAUAUUCCAAGAGUUUAGAGUUGUUGGAUGAUGCACGCAAGCUUUUUGAUGAGCUUUCUGAGAGAACAAUAAAUGCAUAUGCUUCUUUAAUAAGCUCUUUCUGUCAAUCUGAGAAAUGGGUUGAUCUUUUCGUGGUGUUUGAGAUGAUGUUGAAUGAUGGGAUGUUGCCUGAUAGAUUUCUUCUACCAACUAUCUGCAAAGCCUGUUCAGUAAUGCAAGUGGGGAAAUGUGGUGAAAUGGUUCAUGGGUAUGCCAUAAGAAGGGGCUUAGAUGAAGAUGUUGUUGUUGGGAAUGCUCUUAUUGAUAUGUAUACAAAUUAUGGUUCAUUAAAAUUAUCUAAAAGUGUAUUUAACACAAUGAGGACUAAGGAUGUAGUUUCUUGGACUGCCCUCAUUGUAGCUUAUAUGUUUCAUGGUGUUCUUGAUGAGGCAAUGGACACAUUUUGUAAGAUGGAGUUGGAUGGUGUGGAAGCAGAUUUGAUUUCUUGGAAUGCACUUAUCUCUGGCUUUGCCAUGAAUGGGGAGAUUGAAAGGGCUUUAAGAACUCUAGAAGAGAUGCAAAGAAAAGGGAUGAGGCCGCAAGUGAACUCUUGGAAUGGAAUUAUCUCAGGGUGCAUCAAGGAUGAAUGUCUUGAAGAUGCUUUAGAUACUUUUGUAAAGAUGCUUUGGAAUUUCUUGACCCCAAAUAUUGUAACAAUUGUCAGCAUUCUACCAGCUUGCGCUGGCUUGAAGGAUCUAAAUUUAGGAAAAGCAAUUCAUGGUUACUCUUUAAAAUUUGGCUUUCAGUGCGAUGCUUAUGUUGGUGGAUCAUUAAUCAAUAUGUAUUGGAAAUGUGGAAGGAUUGAUAAUGCAGAAAACAUUUUUGUCAGGAUCAAGAGUAAAACCACCUUCAUAUGCAAUGAGAUGGUUGCAGCUUACGUGAGUGAGGGCUAUGUGGAGCAAGCUCUUAAACUUUUUAAUUCCAUGAAAGACUUUGGUCCAAAACCUGAUGAGAUUACAUGUAACACGGUGCUUUCUGCCUAUUUCAGAGAUGGUAGAAUUGAGAAGGUGUAUGAACUGCUGUAUGAUAUGUCUGAAAUGGGUUUGCUACCAAAUGUUGUCACAUUUAAUAUUUUAGUAACUGGUUAUCAGCAACAUGGCCAAGGUGAAGAAGCUUUGAGAUUUUUUCAGGCCAUGCAAUCACCUCAUAGCGGCAGUUUUCUUUCACAAAUAUCAAAAAAUCCGAUCCAACCAAAUCCCGUCACUGUUACUGGUGCUCUUGCAGCCUGUGCAGAUUUAGGUUUUCGGCGCCAAGGGAAGGAACUUCAUGCUUAUAUUGUCAAAAAAGGACUUGACUUGAAUACUUUUGUUUCAACUGCACUGGUUGAUAUGUAUGCAAAAUGCAAUGAUAUGGACUCAGCAAUAGAAGCAUUCUGGAGAGCAAGUAGCAAGAAUACUGUUACAUGGAACACGUUGAUAGCAGGUUAUGUCAACAGAAGGCAGGAACCUGAGGCAUUUCGUCUCUUUGAUAGAAUGCUGAAAGAAGGGGUUGAACCAAGUUCUGUUACUUACAUGAUUCUUAUUCCUGCAUGUGGAGAAGUGGAAGCUUUUAGACUAGGACGAGAGAUGUUUGGUUAUCUUCUGAAGAAUCGGUUUAAUGAUUCUGAUAGUUACCUUGCAAAUCCUUUGAUAGACACCCACCAUAAAUGUGACGGCAUAAAACAGGCCAAAUUGGUAUUUGAUUCCAAAUUGCGAUUUAGGGACAUUUUCAAAAAUAGUUUGCUAAUGAAAUACAUACACUAUACUUCUUUUGUACCAAUUUCAGGACACUUACAGAACUUCUAAGGAAGAUUGGAGCUUGUAGAAAAAACAGAAUUACAUGUAUCACAGUGCACUCAUGAACAAUAGACUCUGAAACUUUGUACAUUACAUUCUAACUUUUUGUCACUUUUUCUAGUAUGAAAAUAGAUGAUGUGAAUGGUUUCAAAAAGGGUCUUGUACAGGGUUGUCAUGGCAAUAUGAUAUUGAAAAAGGGAUUUCAGACUGGAACAUUGGUUUGAUGCUAGUAAUGGAAGAUCGAGAUUAAUAUUUGAAGGAAACUUGUAGCACUAUGGUCAAAAUAGGGGAAUAAGGGGAGAAAAAUGAGGAAAGGAUAUCACUGCAUCGGAAGAUCGAGAUUAGUAUUGUUUAUUGGUUAAUUAUGCUGGGUUUAAACCGUUUUUUUUUUUUUUCUUAUGUCUUUAAAUUGCUGUGGAUUGGACUCUCUUUGAUUGUUAGUUAGGUUUAAUUUAGGGAUUUGCUCAAGAUAAAUUUUGGGUAAAAUGUUGGGGUUUUGGCGUAAGUUGGAACUUGUAAGUAAAAUUAGGCUAAAAUUUUCAGUUAAGAGAGGCCAAGCUUGGCUUUUCUUUGUGUUUUAGAGAUGACAGAGUACAAUUAGAUUGUUUCCUCACGUUACCGCUGAGUGUUGACUAAGCAAUUGGGAGCAAUUUUAAGAGUGCUGGUACUGCAGCUAGGUUUAGUUAAAUCAGUUUGAUUGAGAAGUAAUCCCCUCACCCACAAUUUUUUUUUCCUUUGAGCUCAUUUUUCUUGCGUGUGGUGAACUUCUGAUUGUAGAAAUCUGUCUCUUGUCAGUAAUGUGUGCAGCCCGAAACACUGCAGGCAGCAGGUUUAGUUUCUGUUCAUCCUUGUUCUGCUCUACGCAUCAGGAGUUGGUUUGAUGCCUUUCCUGCCUGAGUGUUGCUGCUUCCUUAGUGAUCUUUCCUUCUCAAUAGCUCUUCCUACGAUUAUCAACUUCUCUAUAUGAUCAUCAAUCGAACGCUUAAUACGACAUUGAUUUUCUAUGAACCUCAGCUGCAGGUUCUAUGUGGCUAAGGAUGUGGGCAAAACGAUCCUGAUAUUGAAGAUGAAAGUCACCAAAUAAGUUUAUUUCAGUAAUCCUAAUUGAUUUUGCUAAAUCUUCAAAUAAGUUAAGGAGUUAUCAUGUUCUUCCUUUUAAUGCAAUAUCCUUAUUAACAUAGUGCAUUGCUGACUAUUAAUGCUACUCGCAUUAUGGCAAGAGCUCUAUGAUCGUCAACCCGCACAGAAAACAACAUCCUAGAAGCAUAUGUACUCCAGAAAUAGUGCGGUCAGCAGGUUUGUUUCUGUUCAUCUGUGUUUGCUCUCCGCAUUGAGUUGGUUUGAUGUGUUUUCUGCCCGAGUGUUGCUGCUUUAUUCAGCUUUGUCACAUAGUCAGCAAUACCCUACGUUAGCAACAAACAUCACUGAUAAAUAAUGCUUCUUACGAACCUGUGAUGCAGCAACAAACAUUAUAUAAGGCUUCUUCUUGGUUUAGUGCAUACAAACAAAGACUUACUUCUGCUAUCAUGAGCCAAAGAAGAAACCUGCUGGGCUGCUGGUGCAGUGAAAAAUAUAUCCAAAAAAGAUUCAUCAUCAAGUGAUGAUUCUUCUGAUAGUGAUUCAUCUGAUGAAGAGAGCUUGCUUUGUUAUGGGAGAAAAUGAUACGGUAACCUGUUAAGUGUUGCUCAGAUGCUGAGAGAGAUGCAGUAUACGAGGAAGUGAAACCACACUUACUCUUUCCGUAUAAGGGUAAGGGUAAGGUUGCAUAUCCCUAACCAUCGUUACCUGCUUAGGCAAGAGCCACUUCAUUGGCGAUGAUGGUAUAAUAUUUUUUUUGGCUAUUCUGCUUCAAAAUCAAAGUAAGCAACAUCUGUUCCAUUUCCAUAUCAAAUGAGCAAAUGAAGUGGAAAUCGUAUCUUUGUAUGUAACAGGGACACCAAAAGUUGAAAGCCAUCAAUCCAUUUCAUUAUGUUGCUGAGAAAAUUCUUAUAAUAUGUUAUUGAAUUGGACGAUGUGGGUUAUCGUGUGAUGGGUCCAAGUAAUGAUAAUUGUAACCAUGUUAAGAUUAGGAUUAGGCCUUGGCUAUAGAAGCUUUUGGCAUUUUGUGACUAUGUUGGGUCUAAUCCAUGGAAAGGUUGCUAAUCAUAUCACGCCUGAUGAACACUUUGAACUUUGUGAAGCAUUAUAAUCACCUUCUUCACCAAAUUAAUUUAUGAACCACUUGAACAGUUCGUUUUGCUGAAUUAUUUAUUCCCUUUUUUAUGUGACCCUACAUAACUGGUUGAACCUAAUACCUAGCCAUGUGAAUUUCGCAAUCUGGGGUUCGAUCAUAGUGUUGCAGGCGUAAUGUCUCCCAGUCAUUUCUAUGUCUAUAACUGCCCUCAUAUUGAGUCGAAUUCUCAAAACACCUUCUAUAGUAGUUUAUUUGAAAUAUAUUAAUAUAAAAUUGUUGCAAUUAUUUUGAAAAGUAUAUAAACUACAAUUUAAUAAUGUUCAUAAAUCCUUUAUUUUUGGUGUUAUAUUUUGUUUGGAUUGCAAAAUAAAAAGUGCUUUCUUUUUGGGGUGUAUUUAUGAUUUAUUAGACUUUCCAAGUUAUAUACUUAUGAGAAUAUGUUGCCAAAUUUGAUCCGAGUUGUUCAAAGAAAGCUAGCAAACAUUGGAUCAAAACAUGCUCUUUUAAAUUACUCUUUUUUAUAUUCUUUUGCAGCUUUCAAUUCUCAGGUACCAAAGUAAAUUUCACUACUUCAUGGGCAUGUUGCUUCACUUUUGAGACAUAUUGUGGAUUCUAUUGCUAGAAUUGUUAUUGAGGAGAAGAACUGGCCUCCGUUUCUUCCAAUCAUCCAUCAUGAAAUUGGAAAUGAGAUACCAAUUCAUAUGCAGAAGUUGCAGUGCACAGCUUUUGCCACACUGCUAGGACUGAGAGUGCCUUGAUCUUUGGAUGGUUUUCCUUGUCUUAUCUGGAACUCUGCACCAUCCCGUGGGAGACCAAUCAAGAAAAUGUGCAGAAAAAGAUGUUGAAAUCAACAUUAUACAGAACAAUCACACUUUUGAUUCCCCUAGGAGAUUGCUUGUUUUGUCAGAAUACACGAAGGGUUAUCACAGUGUUCAGUGUUGGAAGUUGCCGAUGAGUUAUGCCCAUAAGUUGACAACUGCAAGGAAGAAUUUGGCUCUCCUUUAGCUUCAUGAUUGGGAGACAUGUAUAACCAAAAAUCAUGUGGCUAGGGAUUCUGGAACACGAAUGCAUAACGUUUCAGGAUUUACAAUCUUUCAUGUUUCAAGCAAUUGAAGCAAUACUAGGCUUUCGUUCUGCAAAACAUUGACAUUCUAAUAUGUGCAUUCAUAUUAUUGUUAAUAGAAGUGUAUAAAAUAACAUUAUAAAAUUUGAUAAUGUAACUUGGGGGAGCGCAUGCGGCCCCACAACUAGUGAUAGAAAACAAGA